AUGAGUGAAUUGGAAUCAAAAAUUAAAACUAUUAUUAAAACAUCCACUGAUGCAGAUGACUGGAUAAGAAAUUUUAGUCCUAAAGCUAAAGUGAAUUAUAAUGUAAUAAAAAAGAAAUGUAUCGCAGAUGGUAAUAGCCAAAAAUGUUGCAGGCAUAUGAACUAUUACUUAGAUUAUAUAACUGCACUCAUUAAUUUAUCUCAUUUAGACAGAGAUAGAAAAGACGAAGCUAUAUAUGGCCUUGACGAUUUCUGGGAUAAACAUCUUAGUAGUCUUGAUUAUACUUGUCACAGAAGUAAGAAUACAGAAUCAAUAAUUGAAAGGUAUAUAUUAAAAGAAUUACAUGAUUUUCAUGAAGAUAUAGAUUAUUUAGUAAGUGUAUUAAACCAUAAGUUUCGGGAUUAUUCUGAAUACAACAUGUACAUUAAGAAAAAAUGGGAAAAGAUUUUUGAAUAUGCAAAGCAUACAGUUGAAAAUAAAAACAUAGUUAUUUCUAAUGGUUCCAUUAACAAAAUUAUCCAUUUUAAAGAAUUGCCUUUGAAUUAUAAUCUUCUAAGUUCUUUAAAUUUGAAUACUGGAGAAAGUAGAAAUAUAACUAUUACUUUCGAAUUAUCUAAGAAACCUCAUCAGUUAGAAAACUUAUCUAUAAACAGUGCAUCCAGAAGAGAGACAUCUCACGUAAAUACUGAUGUGGAAGAUAUAUCCAUAAGAAAAAUAUAUCAUGCAACUAAUAUAUUUCCAAUUAAAAAUUUUCUCAUCCUUUUUUUUAUAAUUUUUUUAAUUAUUGUGAUAAGUAUGGUAUUAUAUAAGAUAACUCCUCUGGGUAUAUGGAUACGAGAUAAUAUAAAAAUGAUAAAAUUUUUACAAAAACAAAUAAUUAGGAACAGGAAAGAAGCAUUAUCAUCCAAAGCGUAUAACGAUAGAUACAAAAUAGAAUACAGUUCAUAUAUUAGUGGUUAUAACAAUGAUAUUUAA